AUGUCCUAUCUUCAAGUGGGUUCUUCGAUACCUAAAAGGAACCAGGGACUUAGCUCUGGAGUCAAAAAGCGGAAUAGGCCUUUGUGUAGUUUUGCUGAUGUUAGUUCUAUUGCGGUGGACAGAAAAUCCUAUAAAGGCUAUUGUUUUAAAUAUGCUGUGAUGACUAUCAGUUGGGAAUCUCGCAAACAGCGCACAGUCGCGCUCUCAACACAGGAGGCUGAAUGCAAGGCUUUCACAGACGUAGCAAAGGAGUUCACGCAUUUGGAGCAGUUACUCACGGACAUGGUUGCUCCGCAUGAAGCCAUCAUCAUUUUCAAUGACAACACCUCAAAACCUCAUUAA